CUUUCAUCCAUUUCAUCUGCAUUCUUCCUUUCCAGUGUCACACAUCCUUCUCUCACACCAAACACUUCACCUACGCCACCUACUUUUCAGAACUCUGAUUGCCUCCUUGAUUCCAUUCUUCUGUUAUAACUACCCCAUUCUCUUCCAGACUCUCCACACCAAUACUGCCUGACAUAUUCUCACCUCUCAUGAAUUUGUGGACCAUUUACGGCCAUCUUCCAUACCUUCCUCCCUUAACAGGUGAAGCACACUUGAGAACUUAAUCUCUGUACCCUUUGAAAAUAGUUGUUGUGAGGGAUCAAGCUGGUCAAGAUUAACAUUGACUGCUGCUGCUGCUGCUGUGACGUCACCAUCAAAACACUGACGGAGAAGGACCUGCGGAGCUUGUUGUACCUGCAAGGGCUACCCUGUGACGCCUUACUUUGCUGGUUAUAUAAAAGCCGGCAAGAUGAGCACCCCAAGUGUCCCGCUGUCAUCCAUCCUGCGGUCCAAGCACGAGGAGGCAGAGGGUGAUGAGCCAAAGAAAAAGACACGAGAAGAAUGGAAGAAAGCCAAGGAACUGGAAGAAGCCCGAAAAGCUGGCACUGUGCCUGCUGCUGUAGAUGAGGAGGGCAAGGACAUCAAUCCCCACAUACCACAGUACAUUUCCACAGCACCAUGGUACUUUGGAUCUCAGGGCCCAACUCUCAAACACCAGCGUCCCCAGCCAGAGAAACAAAGUGACAUCACACAUCUGAAUGAGCAUUACAUCCGUGGACAGCAGGGUGAACUGUCUACUCGGUAUCGUAAAGGUGCCUGUGAGAAUUGUGGUGCAAUGGGCCACAAGAAGAAGGAGUGUAUGGAGAGACCACGCAAGGUUGGUGCCAAGUACAAUGCACUGAAUAUUGCCCCUGACGACCUAUCGUUGCCAACCCUCAAGCUGGAUUUCGAUGGAAAACGGGACAGGUGGAAUGGCUUUGACCCACAGGAAUACACUGCAGUAGUGGAGGAGCAUAAGAAGGUGGAGGAUUACAAGCGACAGAUCAAGGCCAAGAAGCUGAAAGAUGGUGAGGAAAUGAAUGGUGAUGAGCCAGAUGAUGAUGAUGAAGAUGAGGACAAGUAUGCAGAGAGUGUGGACAUGCCAGGCACCAAAGUGGACAGCAAGCAGAGAAUCACUGUGCGCAAUCUUAGGAUUCGUGAGGACACUGCUAAGUACUUGCGGAACUUGGAUCCCAACUCUGCCUAUUAUGACCCCAAGACACGUUCCAUGAGGGACAACCCAUACAAAGGUAGGAAAGAGGAUGAAUAUGAUUUUGCUGGAGAGAAUUUUGUACGUUUUACUGGUGACACAGUCACCCAAGCCAAAGCACAGCUGUUUGCUUGGGAUGCUUAUGAAAAGGGUGUUGACGUGAGUCUUCAAGCUGAACCCACAAAGCUGGAGUUGUUGCAAAAACAGUUUGUUGAGAAAAAGGAGGAAUUCAAAAAGAAGGUUUCUGAUGAUCUCCUUGAGAAGUAUGGUGGAAAAGAACAUCUAGACACUCCUCCUGUUGAACUGCUUUUGGCUCAGACAGAAAAUUACGUAGAAUACUCACGUCAUGGCAAGGUCAUCAAGGGUGCAGAGAAACAGACUGUACGUUCUAAAUAUGAAGAAGAUGUGUACCAUGGGAACCACUCAAGUGUAUGGGGAAGCUAUUGGCGUGAUGGCCGGUGGGGAUACAGUUGUUGCCACUCCUUUGUAAAGAAUUCUUACUGUACAGGAGAUGCUGGUAAAGCAGCUAACAGUGGAGCACCACUACCUAGCAUGGCCACAGUGCAGCCACAAGGUGAUGUGAAGGAAGAAGAAGAAAAAGAGGAGGAGAAGGAAAAGACUUUGUUAGAAAUGCAUAGAGAGAAGAAACAGAAAAAGAAGAAGAAAAAGAACAGAAAGAAGAAAAAGAAAACUGAGAGCAGUAGCAGUAGCAGCAGCUCAUCAAGUAGUGAAUCAGAAAAUGAAGAAGAGAAGGAAGAAAAGCGCAAGAAGAAACUGCGGGAGGCGUUGAUUCGAGCCAAGAUGGAAGAGGAUGCUGCUGAUGCUCUAAUGAAGAUUGAUGAAAGACAAAGGAAAUUCAAUUCGAUGUACAAUGCACAGGCUCCAACAGAAGAAGAAAUUGAGGCUUUCCAGAUAAGAAGAAUGAGGAAAGAUGACCCAAUGGCAGCAUACUUCAACAAAUGAAAAUGGAAUGCAUUGUUUGCCUGACUUUUCAGCAAAUCUGUACAAAUCUUGAAUGACAAGAGGUAUAGAAACUUAUCACUAAUGUCACUCUUUUAGGGUAUUCUGCAAUAUCAGUGGUAACUCAACAGUUUUCAAGCUGAAGACUGUUCUUCAAAUUUUUUUUUUUUUUUUUUUUUAGUUAUGGAUGACUGCAGAAAAAUUAUCUUUGUCCUUUACAUUAUGCCAAAAUACAACAUAGAUGAAGGUUCACAUGUGUAGCACUUCAUGUUUCUGUUAAAGGUGUUAACUAAACAAUAUUUUAUAGUUAAGUAAUGACUUUCUCACAGCCACUUAUCAUAUAUAUAUAUAUAUAUAUAUAUAUACACCGAAGGCAACUCCAAUGCCUUUUCAUUCACAGGGAUUUGAUUCUUAUUCAACUCUAUUCAGCAUAACAUCCUUCAAUGCCCUUGUGUUUAUGACAUGAACUAAAACAAACAUGUAUUAUGUAAAUAUUUAUUUAUAUCACAUUAUCUUGUAAAUAUUUAUUUGUAUCACAUUAUAUAAAAAACAAGACUAGCCCUUAAACAAGAACACUUCAUGGACAAAGUCUCAGAUCCAACAGCUACCUUGUCAGGGUAACAUGAGUGAUCAAGUUACAUUAUAAGCUAAAUUAUGCUCUCUUCAUUUAAAUCUUACAAAUGGAGGUCACCUAACUUAAUACAAAGGCUAACCGGUUGUCAGAGCUCUUCCGACAAAGAAAUAAAUAAAGUCCAGAAUUUCUGACCACUACCACAGGAGUAACAGCCCAACAUCUGUGUGUCUGUGUGUGAGAGAAAGAUACCCCCUUAGUGAGGGAUGUCACCAAUGCACACAAGAUAAAAGGGCAUUAACUAUGGAACAAAUCUGUGAAAAGAAACAAGAGUCUUAUUUGCAGGAACAAGUAAUAUUGAAAAUUUGAACACACUCCUCUUGCUCAGAGACAACCAAUUAGCCUCAAGUAACAAAUAAUAAAAAUGUAUAGACUCCAAUUGUAAAUUUUAGUUGAAAGAGAGGAGUAUACACUUUGGCAUCUGAAGUUUUUCUGAUAAUCUACUAAGUACUUUGGAAAAAAACAACAUUGGUUCCCUCAGAAAAUUCCAAGUAUGAUAAGAGGCGAGUAGUUUCCCUAAGCACAUUUGUAUAGUAAGACAAUAAAGUUUCUUAUAAACA